GUUUUGCAACUGUUGUGCUAGUGUUGAGGGGGUCAAACGUGUUUACGGUGACACGCCGUUGUCCACUCCUGGUGGAUUUUCUGAGAAACCGGUUUUAUUUUCAGGUCUGUGUGGGUAAGCUGUAGAAAAAUGGCUAAAGUGAAUCUGUCUGAAGUUGGGAAGAACUUGCUGAAGAGUGCUGACAGUGGAGAGAAAGUGGAGCUCCAGUCUCUGUGGCAGGACCAGCCUUUGGUGGUCUUUUUCCUGCGCAGGUUCGGCUGCCAAGUGUGCCGAUGGAUGGCGGCAGAGAUCAGCAAGCUGGAGCCUGACCUCAGGGCCAACGGGGUCUCGCUGGUGGGAGUCGGACCAGAGGAGUUAGGGCUCCAGGAGUUUAAGGAAGGAGGGUUUUUUAAAGGCUCCAUUUAUGUGGAUGAAGAAAAAAAGUGUUACAAGGAUUUGGGAUUCAAACGGUACAAUGCUUUAAGUGUGGUUCCUGCUGCUUUAGGGAAGAAAGUGAGAGAUGUAUCUUCAAAGGCCAGUGCUGCAGGAAUCCAGGGAAACUUUUCAGGAGAUCUCAUGCAGAGUGGUGGCAUGAUUAUUGUGGCUAAAGGUGGAGAAAAAGUGUUACUCCACUUCAUCCAGGAUUCACCAGGAGACUUUGUACCUCUGGAGGACAUCUCCACGGCUCUCGGUAUCUCAUCCACAGUGAAAGCCGGGCAGAAACCGGUGUGCAAUGAUGAUGUUUGCACACGAUGAAGCAGUAGCGGCCAGUUUCGCCUGAAAUGAAAGUCAGCAAGAUAAAGAAGAGGAGUGAUGUUAUCUUGAUAAUAUUCCACAUUAGCCUUUUUGUCUUUGUAAUGUGAUUAUUACCUUUUAUAAAAUCUGUGUGUACAUGAAGCUAAUGCUUACCUGUAUCUUUAUGGUACAAAAAACAUUUUUUUGAUUCUGAUGUAACUUAAUUCAUUUUUACACUUAAUUUUGACUCUGUGAAAAUAUGUGUUUCAAUCAAUAAAAUGUUUUGGAGCUAAAUGUCUA